AGUUUUGUUGACCAGGUCCAAUAACCUAGACUUUACCAAUAGACGUUCAUUAGAUUAUAAGUACUCUUCCCUUACCUUCCCUUAUAAAUACAUUCAAAGCUUUUUUUUUAAUUUUUUUGUUAUUAUUAUUUUUAAACCGUGGGAGUGGCUCGGUUCUUCUUUUUCUUCCUUCGCAAGCUAUUGAAGCAAACACAAGUGAGGUGGUGUUUUUCAGUUUUCAAAGGUAUAAAUAAACAGAAACAUCCUCUGUUAAUUCUAACAGCAAAACAAAAAAAAAAAAAAAGAUGACGGAGGAAGUGAAGUUGAGCGUGGUAGUGAGCCUGUUCACGUGGAUCCAGAAGAGCAGAACAUCGGCGAAGAAGCGGUCUAAGUUUCGCAAAUUCCUUGACACCUUUUGCAAGCCUUCCGACUACUUCAGCGCCAUGAGGCUUAUCCUUCCCUCCCUCGACAGAGAGCGUGGCACUUACGGCCUCAAGGAGUCGGUGCUCGCCGUCUGCCUCAUUGACGCUCUUGGCAUGUCCAGGGACUCCUCCGAUGCUCUCCGUCUUAUCAAUUGGCGCAAGGGUGGUGCCAACACCGGCGCCAGUGCUGGAAACUUCGCUCUUGUCGCCGCCGAGAUUCUGCAGCGUAGGCAAGGAACGGCUUCCGGCGGACUCACCAUCAAGGAAUUGAAUGACUUGCUUGAUCACUUAGCUUCGGCUGAAAGCAGGGCCGAGAAGACUGCAAUCCUUUCUACUUUGAUUAAUAAGACAAAUGCACAGGAAAUGAAGUGGAUUAUCAUGAUAAUUCUAAAAGAUCUCAAGUUGGGAAUUAGCGAGAAGAGCAUAUUUCAUGAAUUUCACCCUGAUGCCGAAGACUUGUUUAAUGUCACAUGUGACCUAAAAUUGGUUUGUGAAAAGUUAAGGGACCGUAUUCAACGUCAUAAGCGUCAGGACAUUGAGGUUGGAAAGGCAGUACGUCCACAACUAGCUAGGAGAGUCUAUGAUCCAGCUUCUGCAUGGAAAAAGCUUCAUGGUAAGGAGGUAGUUGUUGAGUGUAAAUUUGAUGGUGAUCGCAUCCAAAUCCACAAAAAUAGAAUGGAGAUACAUUACUACUCCAGGAAUUUUCUUGAUCACCCUGAAUAUGAGCAUGGGAUGUCAAAUAUUAUUGCACAAAAUAUUUUGGUUGAUAGGUGUAUACUUGAUGGAGAAAUGUUAGUUUGGGAUUCCACUUUAAAUCGGUUUGCCGAUUUCGGAUCAAAUCAGGAAAUAGCCAAGGCAGCAAAAGAUGGCCUUGAUAGUGAAAGACAGUUAUGCUAUGUUGCAUUUGAUAUUCUUUAUGUUGGAGAUACUAGUGUCAUUCACCAAAGCUUGAAGGAACGUCAUGAACUUCUUCAAAAAGUUGUAAAGCCUUUGAAGGGUCAUUUAGAGAUUUUAGUGCCUAAUGGUGGUCUUAAUGCACAUCGUCCUCCUGGGGAACCUUGUUGGUCAUGUGUCACAUACAGUGUGGAUGAUGUUGAGAGAUUUUUCAAGGAAACUAUUGAAAAUAGGGAUGAAGGAAUCAUACUUAAAGACCUUGGUUCCAAGUGGGAACCAAGUGAUAGAAGUGGAAAGUGGUUGAAGUUGAAGCCUGAUUACAUUCAUGCUGGUUCUGACUUAGAUGUUCUCAUCAUUGGAGGAUAUUAUGGUUCUGGACGUCGAGGAGGAGAGGUAGCUCAAUUCUUAGUAGGCUUAGCAGAUCGUCCAGACCCAAAUGCUUAUCCCAGGCGAUUUCUAUCCUUUUGCAGAGUUGGUACUGGGCUGACUGAUGAUGACUUGGAAACUGUAGUAAAGAAAUUGAAGCCUUAUUUUAGGAAAUAUGAAUACUUGAAGAAGACACAACCAAGUUUUUAUCAAGUCACAAAUAACUCAAAAGAGAGACCUGAUGUUUGGAUUGAAAGCCCAGAGAAAUCAAUCAUUCUUUCUAUCACCAGUGAUAUCAGGACUAUAAGGUCUGAGGUAUUUGCUGCACCAUACGGCCUCAGAUUUCCACGCAUUGACAGAGUGAGAUAUGAUAAGCCUUGGCAUGAGUGCCUUGAUGUGCAAUCAUUUGUAGAACUUGUGCAUUCAAGUAAUGGUACCACUCAGAAAGGGACAGAACAGGGAAACCAGAAAGAUGGUAAAACAAAGCGCAAGGAACACACUAGAAAGGCAGACAAAAAGAGUGUCCAUAUUGUUCCUUCUCAUUUUAUUCGGACCGACACAUCCAGUGUGAAGGGAGAAACCUUAAUAUUUUCAAAUCUUAUGUUUUACUUUGUUAAUGUGCCUCCAACAUAUUCUCUUGAUUCAUUUCACAAAAUGAUUGUGGAGCAUGGGGGAAUGUUCUCGAUGAAUUUGAACAACUCAGUUACCCAUUGUGUUGCAGCUGAAAGCAAAGGGAUCAAGUAUCAGGCAGCAAAGUUUCAUGGAGAAAUUAUCCAUUACUCUUGGGUCUUGGAUUGUUGCUCACAAAAGAAGCUCAUUCCUUUGCAGCCAAAGUACUUUCUUUUUCUUUCUGAAUCAUCAAAGAAGAAAUUACAGCAAGAAGUUGAUCAAUAUUCUGACCCAUACUAUUGGGACCUUGACCUUGCAGAUAUCAAACAGCUCUUAAACAAUAUCCAAAGGUCAGAGAACUCCAACACAAUUGACUAUUAUAGAAAGAAGUACUGUCCAAAGGAUAGAUGGUCUCUGUUUCAUAGCUGCUCUUUUUACUUCUACUGUUCAGCUCAUUCUUUGAAAGCUGAUUGGCAAAUCUUGUUGAGACUUGCACUGAAGAGGUUAAAGCUUGAAGUUUUAAUGGGUGGUGGCAAAAUAAGUGAGAAUCUCAACCAUGCAACCCAUUUGGUAGUCCUAUCAGCACCAGCAUUGGAUGUGAACUUUGAUUCUCUUAUUAAUAGGCUUCUUUUUAGGUUUAUGAAGCUCAGAAAAAUAGGUUUUUGUGAAACAUUUGAGGCAAGUUUCUCUUUUGCAGAGAAAAAUCUUAUGUGGAAGAAGGGGUUUCAUGUUGUGGGAUCUCAGUGGUUGGAGAAUUGCUUAGAGCAGGGGCAGAAGUUGCAAGAAGACCAAUAUAGCUUGAAACCCAUUGAAGUUGAAGAAACAAACUUCUUGGAAAGCAAACUACUCCAAAAUCUGAAAGAAGCUGUGCCAGAUUUCAACAGUGUUCAGAACCAGGUUACAACCGCAUCUCCUGAAAGUAAAAUAAAACAGAGAGGCGGCAAAGAUCACCUAGAAAAAUCAAUUUCAUUGGUCCCACCUAAUCAUGGCAACAGGAAGAGAAGACGACCUGCUAGCAAUAACACAAAGGAAGGAAAGACAGUUGUAAGCCAAGCUCAAAGAGUACCAAGGCGUCGUGGAAAGAUGUCUGUUAAGAUUAAUGAAGACAUAUCAGAGGAAAGUGGUUCUGAUGACAAAACAAAUGAGGAAGAAAUAGAGAAAGGUAAAGGGAAAAUGGAACGCUAUGGAAUGGUUGGUAGGGAAAAUUAUGAAUUUCACCAAAAUCAAGUAGUGGAAGAUAUAGAAUUGUCUGAACUAGAGGCUGCAGAAAAUGCGAGCAAAACAUGGUGUAAUAAAGCUUCUGAUGUUGUGAUGUGUGAAACAAAAAAUGACCAAGGCUGCAAGAAGGCUGAGAAGUUCGACCUUAUGGAGCAGGAUGAAGGGGAUUGUGGCCAUGACAGUGCAAAGUCAGAAAAGCUAGAAGUUAUGGUUGAUCCGGUUCAGGCCAUGUUACUGGACAUGAUUCCAAGCCUCGGAAUAAAGCAUGUUGAAACUACAAAUUCAGUUGUUGAGAAUGAGAAAACAGGUGCAGAUAACAAAGCAGAGAUUCCUGUUGCAGAUAACAGUGAACAGCCAGUAAAGAAAAAGAAAGUAAGUUACAAGGAUGUUGCCGGGGAACUACUCAAGGAUUGGUAAAAACGUUGUAUUUUGCAUCGCUUUGUACAUUUUUUGUCUUAUGGGUCUCGUUGUAUAGAACGUAAAUCAUGGGAUGACAACAGUUUGUGUGUUAUUCCAACCC